AAAGAAUUGAGAAGCCGAAAAUAAUUUUAUAAUUAAGUGUUUAAUAAGAAUAAAUGAGCGCCGAUUUACUGCAAUUAAAUGUGGACACGCUGUUCGAGCAGCACGGCGUGUCCGAGAUCGAUGCUGUGCAGAAGAAAAUCCAAACGGUGGUGGAAAACAAACGCGAAGAGCUGCGUACGAUGGUCGGCGAACGCUAUCGGGACUUGCUUAAGGCAGCCGACACCAUAGCAGCCAUGCAAACAUCGGCCGGCACGCUCAUCGAGCAGGUGCACUGCGUCCAGAGCAACUGUCGCAGUCUGAACGAACAACAGUUGCUGGGCUUUCAGACCACGCCCACAGCCGCCGAGGUGCAGCUGCAGCAGCGGACCGCCAACAAACAGCUGAGCAACUAUUACAGCACCAUGGUGCAGAUCAAGCUGCUGAGCAGCCUGCCGGAGCUCAUCUGGACGCACAUUGAUCGGGAACAGUUCUAUGCAGCUACCGAGCUCUUUAUAUUCAGUCGGCACAUUAGCACCGGGCUCCAGCUGGACGCGAAAAAUGCGCUGAUGCAACGGCUACCCGUCGCCCUGAAACAAUGGGAAAUCCUGCGUCCGUUUCAUGUGACCAUCAAGCAGUCGGUGCUCGCAGUGCUGGAGCGGGAACAGCUCAGCGCUGAGAUGGCCGUCGAUUGCAUGCUGAGCCUGCUCCUGCUGGACAAAUGCGAUUUGAGUCAGGUGCUGCAAACCUUUCUGCAGCUGCGUACCACGGCAUACGUGAACUGCCUGCAGAGCCAAAGCAGCGAUGCGGACAAGGAUAAGCCGAGGCGUGUCAAGGAGCGCAUUCUGGCCAGUUUGCAUAUACUCAACGGCACCAUUGAGCUCCUUGACACCUGUCUGCUAGCCAAUGGCCUGCUCUUUGUGCGCCUGGCGGAGUGCGUCCUACCCACCUCGCCGCCCAGCAUCAGCCGCAUGGACAGUAGCGAGAGGCAGCUGGUGCAUCUGCUGCCCGACAUUAUAGCCGGCUAUAAGCCGCAGUUCGAGACGCCAAAAUUGGAGACGCAGCAGCUGAGCGAUGCACUGCGUCAGUGGAUGUCGCAGAUAGACAGAUUGGCAGCCAAGCAGUUGCAGCAAAUCUUCGCGCUAGUCGGCAACAUGCAGACCAUACAGGACAUCAAGCUGGCAGCAGGCGCGACGGCCAAUCGCAGCUAUGCCGAGCUCGAGCAGCAGCUGAAGCUGCCGCUGGCUCAACUAGACUUCUACCGGAUCAAAUACAUGCCGCUUAUUAAUGCGCGUGUGCGUGAGAUCAUACGCAGCAGCUGGUCGGCGGCAUUGCAGCAAACCUACGAACAGGUGAUUAAGCUGGUGGAGAACAGCACGCCGCCAGCACCGCUGCAGAUCUGGCGCGAGCAGAGCGACGACCUGCCGCAGAGUCUGGCUGCGGCGCUCAGCGAUCAGCCCAAGCGUUUGGCGAAUCGCACCAAGGGCUACGAAACGGCGACCAUAGCGCUGUGCGGCCACUUCGAUGCCCAGCUGGCUGCCAUAGUGCAGGAGCUGAAUGUGCUGCUGCAGGAGCAAACAACACGAGCCGAGGACAAAUUGGCGCUGAUCAAAUUCCUACGAGAAACGGCACAGCAACAGAUGACGGAAUAUUUGCGUCAGCUUAAGGCGCUGCGUCUGCAGGAGCGUCAUGCUCUGCUGCAAGCGCUGCGCAAUACACUCGCGCUGAUAGAGUUGUGCCCCCAUCUGAAGCUCUGCUUCUGCCAGCCCAGCAACUGGCGUCAAUGGGCGGGCAAUCUGACAGCUGGCGGUGUCGAACAGUGGCAGCGGCUGUGUGCCCAGUUCGAGGAGGAGUUGCUGCAGCUGUGGCUGCACAUUGUCGAUGACAUUCUGGCCAGGCACAACUGCGCAGAGAAGCUGCCCCAUCCCAUUACACACGAUGUUGUAUUGCGAGAUUUUGCUCUCUGGCAAACGCAGACGCUGGAGCAGCGCGAUGAGGAGCACGACCAGAAUGUGCAGUCCACCAUACGCAUACCUAGCCAACCACGCCUUUCACUGCAAACGUAUUUGCACGGGUUGAUUCAAGCCCUAAACGAUGCUGUGCCCCAAACGUUGCCUCCUAAAGUGCUGCAUGCCUUCAAUCAACAGCUGCUCACCCAACUCCUGGCCCACUACGAACAGCUGGCUGCUGCGGAGGGCACGCGUAGCAGCCAGAACAUUGCGCUGCAGCUGUACUUUGAUCUCAAGUUUCUGGAGAAUGUGUUCGGCGUGACUCGCGAGGAGCGCAGCCUCUAUGAACAGUUCCAUGCGCUGCAACGCAGCCUGCGCGACUGCAUCGAUCCAUUUGACUUUGAGCUGUGCGCCGAGCAUAUUACAGUUCAGGUAUCACGCUCCACGGCGCGUCUGCAUGGCGAGUUGGGCGUCCUGACGCCGUCGAAGGAUAACACGCAGGCGGCCAGUGGCAGCGCUCUAUCCCAUGAAGCUGACCCUAAUGUGCUUUGUCUAAGCUCCACUGGCUCCACGUCGCUAUGGUUUCCCCUGUUGCCCAUUGUUAUGCCGCAGGCGGCGGCAGCAACAGCAGCUGUUCAAGCUGAGCGCAAAUCCCUUGCCUCAGAGCUGGAUAAGGGGACGACGACACCAACGCGCAAGCCGCUUGGGCGCAAAAGCGAUGCCAGCGCCAGCGCCAGCAGCAACAGCAGCAUCAACAACAACAACAACAACAACAAAUCCAAGUCAAGCGCCGCCACAUUCUUUGGUAUGUCCCAGGAGUGGUUCCGCUAGGAACGCGUAUGCCAUCGAUGCCAACAGCCACUGGCCGCCACAGCUGAGAUGCGUCUAAUGAAGUGGCCAAGUGAAGAGCACGAAACGCGCUCAGCCAAGCGGAAGGCCGUGCAGCAGCUGCCACUGCACUCAGCUGUGUGUAUGUAUGUGUGUGUGUGUGCGUGAGUGUGUGUUAAUAGUGCAUUCCGAGCGCUAAACUUUAAAUGCAAACAAUUUGCAAUAUGCAGCCAAAUAACGUAAUUUAACUACAGUCGGCUAUUAAAAACUCUCGCGUUUAA